CAGCAGGCUGACAAUGAUUUCCUCCGUGAUUGCGCUCAGAGCGCGUCCCCGCAUGGAAGGGGCCCCCUCUGGAGCCGUCCGCAUGGCUUUGGGGGCCUCGCUUCCAUUUUCCAUUAUUAUGUGGACUACCGGAGCGACAGCGCAGAUCGAGACCUCUCAGAUCCCAACACUGCCCCUGAGACGGAGUCAAAGGAUGAAGAAGACGGCCAUCUGAGGUGCAGAAUCUCUUCUGAGGAGGAGGAAGAGGAGGAGGAAGAGCAGGUGUUUAAAUCAUUGAGCACUCUCACUCAACACAAGAUUCAUCAGUGUCACCUCACAGAUUUUACUGAUGUAGAAGAUGACCUGUCCUGCUCUUGGCCUGCAUCCUCGCCAUCUAUUAAAGACGAAACGUCUCCAGGCCAUGCCAAUCACUAUGAAUACGGUGAGGACGAAGGAGGCGCCGGCCUGCCCUACCCGUGCCAAUUUUGUUCUAAAUCCUUCACUCACUUGAGCUUCCUAAAGUGCCACGAGCAGAGUCACAGAGAUAAACUUCCCUUCAGCUGCACGUACUGCAGCCGUUUGUUCAAACACAAGUGCAGCCGCAACAGACACAUCAAGCUUCAUACUGGUGACAAAAAGUACCACUGUGGAGACUGCAACUCUGCUUUCUCAUGCAGCGAUCAUCUGAAGAUCCAUAUGAAGACGCAUUCUGCUAACAAGUCCCAUAAAUGCUUUGUGUGCAGCAGGGGGUUCUUGUCCAGCAAAUCACUUCAUGCGCGCAUGCUGGUGCAUGAACGUGGAAAGGAUUUGGCAAAUACGAGGGCCACUCAAGAGUGGUGGAAACGCAAAUGCAGCCGCUGUGAGGAGGGUUUUAAUAUGACUGAAGAACUGCAGAAGCACAUUGCAGAAAGCCAUCCAGAGUGCUCUUCUCCUGGCAGACGGAGUCUAGAACCAGGCCUGCAAUGCAUUUACUGUCAUGAGCCAUUCACUGACGAAGGAAUGCUUAUGAACCACAUCGAUCAGUUGUAUUGCAGAGACAGGAAGAACAACAUGUGCACUGUGUGCUCUGAGCACUUCCCCACUCUUGAGGAGUUGUACACUCACAUGGAUGUCCACCAACUGCCAGAGUCCAGCAAUAGCCCCUCCCUGUUGCCCAUGGGAUAUACAUCUGUUUCAAGCACUACCCCGGACUCUAAUCUAUCUGUUGACAGUUUGACCAUGGUGGAGACAGUUUCUACAGUGCCCAAGACACGAGGGAGAAGAAAGAGGGCCAGCCAAAAUGUGUCUGAUAUGAAUGGCCGAUCUUCUAAGCAGCGAAAAAUUACAUACAGCUGCAUCUACUGCAGCAAACAAGUUUUUUCAAGCCUUGCUGUGCUGCAGAUUCACCUUAAGACAAAGCAUGUUGAUAAACCAGAACAGGCUCAUACCUGCCAAUUGUGUUUGGAGAUUCUUCCAUCCCUUUGUAAUUUAAAUGAGCACCUGAAGCAGAUCCACAAUGCCGAGGAUCCCGCUGGGUUAUUUGCCAACCUGUCUGACUCCCUGCUGCAGUGUAACUUCUGCCCAGAGGUGUUUGGAGAUUUGAAUGCUCUGCAGGAGCACAUCCGCUGCUCACAUGGCUUUCCUAGUCUUGUGUCCAAAGAAAGCAAUGCAUUUUUUUGCCCCAAGUGCUUUAUGGGAUUCUUAACUGAGGCCACUCUAGAAAAACAUGUCAGACAGGCCCAUUGUGACUCUAGGAGCUUGCAGUAUGACUCUCCUUUAGCAGUCACUCCUAAAGAUCCGAUUGUGGAGAUCUACUCUUGCUCUUACUGCACCAACUCACCCAUUUUUAAUAGUGUCCUGAAGCUUAACAAGCACAUUAAGGAGAACCACAAGAACAUCCCUCUUGCUCUGAAUUAUAUUAACAAUGGGAGAAGAUCUCUGCGAGUACUCAGCCCUUCUUCUCCAGUAUCUGUAGAACAGUUCCCAUUAUUCAAUCCGAACAGCACUUGUUUACGUUCAAAUGAAUUCAUUUGUAAUCAGUGUGCUGCUAAGUACACAAGACUAGACCUUUUUCAGACACAUUUAAAGACCCACCUUGAUAGCGUUGUGCCCCAGUUAACCUGUCCACAGUGCAAAAAAGAUUUUCCCAACCAGGAGUCUCUGCUGAAACAUGUGACAGUUCAUUUCACCCACAUGUCCACGCACUACAUCUGUGAGAGUUGUGACAAGCAAUUCACAUCAGUGGAUGACUUACAGAAACACCUCCUUGACAUGCACACUUUUGUGUUUUUUCGCUGUACGCUCUGUCAGGAGGUGUUUGAUUCUAAAGUGUCCACUCAACUCCACCUCUCAGUAAAGCACAGUAAUGAAAAGAAGGUAUACCGUUGCACUUCCUGCAACUGGGAUUUCAGGCAUGAGGCCGACCUUCAAAUGCACAUCAAACAUAGUCACCUGGAAAAUCAGGGCCACUCGCACCGUUGCAUUUUUUGCACUGAGUCCUUUGGCACUGAAGUAGAGCUGCAGUGUCACAUUACCACCCACAGCAAGAAGUACAAUUGUGACUUUUGCUGUAAGGCCUUCCAUGCUGUUCAUUUGUUAGAGUGCCAUCUACGUGAAAAGCAUUGUGUGUUUGAGGGUACGGUCCAGAACUGCAGCACCAAUGGAUCUUGUUCAGGUAGUGGUGAUUCCAUUGCCAAAGAUAAUGCAGAUUUUCAGGGAUUUCUGGCCAACAGACAUGGAGAUACUGGUGCUGGGGUGUCACACAACAGUCAUGAUGGCAUUGAAGUAGACUUUGACACUUCAGAUGUCAUGUACAGCUGUGACAUCUGUGGUGCUUCCUAUACCAUGGAGUCCCUCCUGACCAACCACCAACUUCGUGACCAUAACAUUUGUUCAGAAGAGAGUGUGAUGCACAAGAGAAAGGCAGAAAUGGUUAAGGGAAACCACAAAUGCAAUGUCUGCUCUAGAACUUUCUUCUCAGAAGGAGGCCUUCGGGAGCACAUGCAGACACACCUAGGGCCCAUCAAACACUACAUGUGUCCCAUAUGUGGAGAGCGCUUCCCUUCACUACUCACCCUGACAGAGCACAAGGUCACUCACAGCAAAAGUCUGGACACAGGAAGCUGUCGAAUCUGCAAGUUACCCCUGCAGAGUGAGGAAGUGUUCCUGGAGCAUUGUCAGAUGCAUCCCGAUUUGCAAAACUCAUUGACUGGCUUCCGCUGCGUGGUCUGCAUGCAAACUGUCACCUCAACACUAGAGCUCAAGAUCCACAGCACCUUUCACAUGCAAAAGACUGGAGCGGCAUCUACAAAUCACCAGACAGCAUGCUCAGCUGCCACACAACUUCAACACUAUCAAAGCCAAAAAGUCUUCAAGUGUGCUGCGUGUCUCAAAAUGUUCCAUUCCAAGCAGGAGUUGGUGAAGCUUGAUGUUAAUGGUUUGAUGUAUGGCCUUUGUACAUUAUGCGUCAAUGCUGCUGGUAGCAAGAGCUUAACUGUAAAUGGAGGGAAACAGUUGCAGCUAACAUCAACAGGUCCUGCUGCUGGAUGGAGCCAAGGAGACAUCCAUAGCCCUGGUGCUGUGAAGGGAAAGACUGCCACCUCUUCUUCAUCAUAUUCAUCAGUAUCACCCUCUAUUGAUAAGACCUGUUGUUCAAGCUGCAGUGUUAAGUUUGAGUCAGAGGCUGAGCUUCAAGCACACCUGCAGACAGUGCACAGAGACCAAACACCAGAGGGCGCUCUGCUAAGAACCCCUGAUGACUCACCUAUGCCACAAGUUAGCCCCUCACAAAGUGACGAGAAAACUUACCAGUGCAUCAAAUGUCAGAUGGUGUUCUACAGUGAAUGGGACAUUCAGGUCCAUGUGGCCAAUCAUAUGCUUGAGGAAGGUCUCAAUCAUGAAUGUAAAGUUUGCAGUCUGAGUUUCGAUUCUCCUGCGAAGCUGCAGUGUCACCUGAUCGAGCACAGCUUUGAGGGGAUGGGAGGAACCUUCAAGUGCCCUGUCUGUUUCACAGUAUUCGUGCAGGCGUGCAAACUGCAGCAGCAUAUCUUCACUGCACACGGUCAGGAGGACAAGAUCUACGACUGCUCACAGUGUCCACAGAAGUUCUUCUUCCAGACUGAGCUUAAGAAUCACAGUGUGAGUGUGCACAGCAGCUAACAACACACCCGCAUGAAGAGAAUCAACACCCCCAAACAACUGAACUUUUGUUCAGUCAAAAAAGAAAAAAGUGUACGGAGUGUACGGGGACAGGUCUUUAUGACAUUUAAUUUUUAAUAUCAACCAAACUAUUUGUAAGUAAUGUCCGUCAUAUUUUUCUAUUCCUCUUGUAAACAGUCUUGAAUGUUUAUUGUGGGGGAAAAAAUGUAUGAACAUUACAAAGGGAACAUAUCACCUACCAGAGAGAUCUGAGAUGAAAAGAACCCAGACAACAGCAGGAAAGGACUGAAACAUCAUCACCAAUCCAACCUGCCCAUGCAUGUGACCUCAGUAACACCAACCUCUGAGUGACAUGAAUUAUGAAAGAGAUGAUCAAUAUAUGCAAAAAACAUGUGCUCUAUUCCCAACUUAUACUUUCUGCUGUCCAUCCACAUUGACUUGUAUAUUUAUGCUAUUAAAGUUUAC